GCUUUUUAUAAGCCAGUUGGGAUACACAAUACUUAUAUUUCCUCUCUAUACGGAACCAACAAGAUAUGAUCAAAAACAAGAAUCAAUCCAACUUUGCUUUUCGAUCAAAUUCACAAAACCCCUUUUGAAUUUCCCUCUCCAUCACUCUUUCUCCACCGUAAACAUCAAAGCUUUUCAUUCUAAAUACAUCCGGCAACAAUGACGUCCGGGUUUUCCGGCGGCUAUCCAGAUUUCCUCAAUGCCAAAAGAGGCGGCGUAAACAACGUUGUUGGGAGAUCUGUGUCGUCCAUGAUGAAUGCGAACAACGUUAACAGAAGUAGCUACAUGCAACAAUUAAAUUACAGAUCCCCGGUGAUUGAGCCACAGUGUGAAUUGAAUCGGAAACGAUCGUUGCUGGAGUUCCAACAGAACCAUCAGUUCCGGCAACAAGCUUCGGUGUACUUGAGGAACGUGAAACCAAGGUACGUGAUGAGUGAUUUUCAUAGUAAUGAUUAUUAUGGCCGGAUACAAAACGACCCCGUUUCGGUGAAUCUAGAAACUGACAGAAAGAUGAAGAAUCGUCUACAAGAACUAGAAAAGGAGCUUUUGCAUGACGAUGAAGAAGAACAAAACGACGGCGUUUCGGCUGUGACUGAUACCGAGUUAUCGGAAACGAUUCAGAAGUUACUGAACCCGGUGAAGGACGAAAAACCGGAAACGACGUCGUCUUCGUCGUCAUCAUGUGCGUCUUCUUCGUCAACAAUUCCUCCAAGACAGUUAAUAUCAAAUGCCGCAGAUGCAAUAUCAGACGGUAAACCAGAUAUCGUGGUUGAAUUAAUCACGCGCCUGAACCAAAUUUCCAACGCGCGUGGUACUCCUGAACAACGAUUAGGCUUUUACAUGGCGUGUGCUCUACGCUCGCGUCUGCGCGUGAGCUCCACGGCGGAGGAACAACCGUCUUCAGCAGCUGAGUUGUACACAAAAGAACACAUUUUGUCAACGCAGUUGCUCUACGACGUAUCACCAUGCUUCAAGCUAGCUUUCAUGGCGGCUAAUAAUGUCAUCCUGCAAACUUUAUCGGGUUCGGGUCGACCCGAAAGAAAUAUCCAUGUGGUGGACUUUGACAUAGGCCAUGGGAUUCAAUACGUGUACUUAAUUCACGCGAUUGCGGCGGCGCGUAAGGUUGAUUAUGGAGCACCCAUCACGUUAAAGCUCACAACUUUUGAAGAUUUUAGUAACGAAAGUGUUGAAAGAUUGAAACUUGUGGGUGAUGGACUCAAAUCGCUUUCUAACAAGUUAAAUGUUUUGUUUGAUUAUAACGCUUUGGAUUUCAAAUUAUCUGAGAUCAGUAAACAGGGUUUAGCGGUUGCAAACGACGACGUUUUGGUAGUAAAUUUUGCUUUUAAGUUGAAUAAGUUGCCAGACGAAAGCGUCACGACAGAGAAUCUAAGAGACGAGGUUCUCCGUCGUGUGAAACGGUUGUCGCCGGCGGUGGUGACGAUGGCGGAGCAGGAACUAAACACGAAUACAGCCUCGUUCACGAGCCGUGUGAACGAGUUGUUUAGUUAUUAUACUAAGCUUGUAGACUCGUUUGACUCGGGUGUUUCGAUGGAUAACUCGAAGCGAGUUAAGAUAGAGGAAGGACUGAGUCGGAGAAUCGUUAACUCGGUUGCUUGUGAAGGUAGGGACCGAGUUGAAAGAUGCGAGGUGUUUGGCAAAUGGCGGGCCCGGAUGAGGAUGGCUGGGUUUGAGUCAAACCCAGUGAGUGACACCGAGUUGUUGUCAAAGUUGAAGUUUGGGACACGUGGCAACCCGGGAUUCACUGUGAAAGAAGAAUCCGGUGGAAUUUGCAUUGGAUGGUUGGGGCGGACUCUCACCGUUGUGUCUGCGUGGCAUUAAGUUAGUUCAUUGAUUAGUUAUAAAGAAUUGAUUGUGAUGAUUAAUGUUGUAUUAGAUGCAUAUUCGAUUAUUCCCACCUAAAAAACGAAUAAUAGUGGCGUUUAGUUAAGGUGGGGAGUAUUGUAAACCGUCCAUUGUAUUUUAGUGUGUUUAAUCGGUAGCUUAACCACAUCUUAAGUCUUAA